CAUUAUUACGGGAAACCAUUCAUUUUUGCUCAACUCAAUCGCAGCAUGUUGAAUAUCCACACGUCGAUACAGCUGACGCUCCUGUGCUCUUUUGCAUGAGGAGGUUUAGGAUGGUAGUGUGAUCGCAGUCAGCAAUGAGCACUAGGACAGGUGGUAAUAUUGUGAAAUGACUGACUACCUUAAAAGAGCAGCACUAUUGCGGUCUAGGCUCUUCCACACUAAAGAGUAGCGCCGACAGUCAUGAGAACUGAAGUUGUUAUUCUGCAGCAGCCAAUGUCUGUAUGUGUACCACCAAACCAUGAGGUGACCUUAAGAGUUCAAGCAAAAGGCACUGGUUCAUUGAAGUAUCAGUGGUUUGAUAAACAACAGUCAGAGGUGGUUGGUGGGACAGAGCCUGAACUCACCGUCACUCUCCAGAGAUCUGGAAAUUAUAUUUGUAGAGUGAGCGACCUGUACCGUAACUAUCAGUUCACAGAAUGGGUAAAAGUGAGAAUCCUAGACGAACCAGGUGUUUCUCGUGUAUGGAGAGGGGAACCCCAUAUAGCCAUUCACCCAAAAAGCCAAACGGUAAAACCAGGGGAGACUUUCACUCUCAAAUGCACAGCUUUUGGAAAGCCUGCGCCUGCCUACCAGUGGUACAGAAACGGUCACCUCCUUACUAAACAGACCACAGAAACACUCAGGAUAGAAAAUGCCAGUGCAGAGACUGCGGGUUCAUACCUCUGCGCUGUGUCAAAUAUUUUGGAGGAGAGAUGGUCUGAAGCAGCUGAGAUUGAGAUUGCACCUCCAGAUCAACUUCCAACGCCCACGCUUAUGGCAACCGACAAAGUGGCAUUACUGAUUGGGAACCUGAACUACAACCACCAUCCUGGUCUGAUGGCUCCUACCAUGGAUGUCCAUGAGCUGGCCAACCUCCUGCAACAGCUAGGCUUUAGAGUGGUUUCUCUGCUUGAUCUCACCCUUCAGGAAAUGCAGGCUGCCAUUGACAAGUUCUUGCAGCUCUUGGACCGUGGAGUGUAUGCUGUUUUUUACUAUGCUGGCCAUGGCUAUGAACACAAUGGCAGAAAUUACCUGGUGGCCAUUGACGCUCCACGACCCUACCGUACUGAAAACUGUGUGUGUGUACAGAGAGUGAUGCACAGUAUGCAGGAGAGAAAAGCCCAACUCAAUGUCAUUCUGCUGGACACCUGCAGGAAAUGGUACAAACAAAAAGGUCCUCCUUCUGAAAUUAAGCCUUUGGCUCCUCUGGGAAACACUGUGUAUGGAUACGCCACGAGUGAAGAUGCUGAGGCUUUCGAGGUCCAGGAUGGUGGCAAGAGCACAGGGAUCUUCACCAAGUACCUGAACAAACAUGUCUUACAGCCAGAGAGGGUGACCCGUGUCUUGGAGCAGGUCUCUGAGGAUCUGGGAAAGGACCCACUGGUGCGUGGAAGGCAGGUAGUAGAGAUCAGGCACACUCUGACAGAGCCACGGGCCUUGACCGACCCUGUGCAAGCGUCCGGACACACCAUGGAGCUCCGUCGGCGGGAUGCUUGUUGGAAACAGGCUAAUGUUCUUCCUGGCCGAAGGACUCUGGACUUUCAGCACUGUGGUGUUCAGGUGGAACUCUGUUUCUCUGCACUCUUUUCCAACGUCCUGGUUGUGUUCGGUACAGUGAGGAGCACAAACACCGUGGCCCAGGACUGCACUCUGAUUCUUGAGAGUCAACCACAAAUGCAAGACAUUUUCUCAGCUUCUGGCAGAUUGGAAGAAAUUGACUCUCUUCUUGUGAGCAGUGGUGAAACUCCUGACUGCACCCUCAGAUUAUGUUGCCUUCAAAGACUCCAGGGAUCUCUGGUGAUCAAGGUGAAAUUGCACUACACCCACACACAAACUAAAGAACGUCUCACUGAGAGCAAAGAGCUGGACAUUGGCAGGCCUCUCAUCGCCUCCUGCAAGCUGAAUCAGAUGAAGCCAGUGGACAGGAGACAAGAAGCUUGUGUCCAUUCUAUGGACCACAUGUCCAACAUAAGAUGGCCUCAUCAUCAGAACCAUCCUCGAGCGGGUCAGCCCUACACACGCAAGGCUGAGAACCGAUUACAGAGCUCAGCCAAAUCCACCUCCAUGAGCAGCAAUGAACCAGAGGAGAAUGAUGAAAAUGACUCUAAUGAAUUCACUAUGUGACGUUCCUUCUUUUUAUAAACACACAGUAAGGCUUUGUUUUGAUGCAGCAAAGGAUUUUCUUACAUUUAUUGUUUACCUUUUGCUUACUAAUUACGAAUUGUGGUAAAAGUGUGUAUGUGUGUGUGUGUAUGUGUGUGUUUGAGAGAGAGAGAGAGAGCAAUGAAAGGAAGAAGUUCUCAUGCUAAUGUAGAAAUAUUUAUACUGUUCUUAAUGUUUGUAAAUCAAAUCAAGUGUAAUAUUCUUAAAUAACCAAUAAAAUGCUAUUUCUGGA